UUCAUUAAAGUUCUUCGCGGUGAUCAAGUGGAUAUUGUCUGUUCUUCAAGCGGAAAUCCCCCACCGACUUACUUCUGGUCAAACAGUUCACAGUCAAGUAAACUUUUCAUAAAUGAUGUGUCGGAACAUCACGUCUCUGAGUAUUUCUGCACUGCCAAUAAUACCAUGGACGCUUCGUAUGGAAAGAUUAUUUCAUCGUCCAUUACUUCCAGUUUUCACCUUGAUGUUUUGUAUCCACCAAAGAUAACGAGACGUACAACACCAGUUGUGGUCCUUGAAGGGAGUAACCUCAGAUUAUCCAGUGAAUCAAAACCGGGAAACCCAAAUGUCACAUCAUUUUCUUGGACAAGUUCAGAACAGCCUUACAGAAAAACAUCUGAUCAAUACCUCAUCAUACAAAAUAUAUCUCGAACAGAAGAAGGCGUAUUUACUUGUUUUGCUGAAAAUAUUAUGCACCCGACUGGAUGUCCAGAAGUACGUGGACGUGAUAUGGAAAUGGUUCAUGUGGAUGUUCAAUAUAAGGCAUCAAUUAAAACGUUCACAGCUCUUAACACUACAGUCAACCACGGCGAUAACCUAACUUUUGCCUGUGAUGUGGAUAGUGACCCCCCUGCAAGUAUAACCAUUUUAUCACCGUCUGGAGCCCGCCUAGAAUAUAUCGAGGAAAAUAAUGAGUUACAUUACAGCAAGAGCAGUUCAUGCUUAGAUGACAGAGGUCAGUUUACGUGUGUAUCUGCAAACAAGCACAACCAUUUGCAACCCGAGAAACGAAACGUCACAGUAGAUGUCCGAUGUUCACCUAUAUAUCCAUCUGACUUCAAUCAAAUUACUAGAAUCGAAAGUAGACUUGGUACAAGAGCAGUCCUUUUUUUCCGUGUGUUUUCGAACCCUCCACCAAUCAACUUUACAUGGGCAAAUCUUUCGAACAGUAUGCACAUUCCAAUAGACACAAACUCAUCGGACAGAGUUUUUAUCAACACUUCAGAUAACAUGUCAUCUACCCUCAUUAUAACAAACAUAAAACCCUGGGACGCCGGCAAUUACUCUGUAAGGGUUGAAAACGAAAUUGGCAGCAAGAACGAAACGUUUCGCAUUGUUGUAGACACCAAAUCAACUACAAUUGCCACACUCACGAUGAACUUCGUAGGUGGUUCUGUUGGUGCUAUAACUGGAGUAGUUCUCAUUGCAGUUCUUGUGUUUGUCUUUAGGAGGAUAACAAGUGUUAAAGGCACACCACAACAUGACAACAACACAAUACAACACAUAACAGAUAACAGUAAUGAAGGUGGAAAUAUGGAGACAGGUUUCGACAACGUUUUACCAAUAACUGAUGAAACUCCAACGUAUGAAGAAGACCAGAACUUAUAUGGAAACAUACAGACGAAUGAUGCUUUUUGGAAGCCUUUAACAAUCAAAACACUACGGGAUACAGUACGACAGCUAAAACGUGAUCCUGUACCGUUGUUUAAAGAAUUUUACACUUUGCAAGUGGGCCUUAAAUACGACACAAAAGCAGCACUGAAGCCAAAUAAUGUUGCAAAAAAUAGAUAUAGGAGUUUUUACCCAUACGAUGCAAGUCGAGUGGUCCUUCCUUUCUUAAGAGGGGAUCCAGACUCUGAUUUCAUUAACGCAAGUUACAUUGAUGGAUACUGUAAACCAAGGAAAUAUAUAGCUGCCCAAGGACCUCUCGAAAAUACAAUAAGCGAUACUUGGAGAAUGAUUCAUUCCGAAGAUAUCAAAAUUAUUGUCAUGGUUACAAAUAUUAUGGAAGUCGGAAAGAAAAAAUGUUUCAAAUAUUGGCCGGAUGAUCGUGCUUUAUACGGAAAGUGUAGUGUCAACCUUGACCAAGUUGAAGAGUACGCUGACUUUGUUGUUAGACAUUUCACAUACAACAUGGAAGGAACUCGAUUCGAACGGCAAUUGAUUCAGUUUCAUUACACAGCAUGGCCCGACAAAUAUGUGCAAGGGACGGCUUUAUCUUUAAUGCAAUUCUGGAGAAAAGUUAGACAAAGCAAGUUUGUGGAAUACACGCCAUGGAUGGUGCAUUGCAGCGCCGGUGUAGGAAGGACUGGGUCCUUCAUUGCCUUAGACGUCCUCUAUGACCAAGGAAAGGUUGAUGGGAAACUGAAUAUUCCAGACACAGUGAAUGUUUUAAGGGAGCAACGGAUAAGCAUGGUACAGACAAAGGAGCAAUAUCUGUAUCUGCAUGAAGUUAUUACGGAGCUGCUAGACCCCAUUGGACAGAUUAUCACUCCUGAAAAGGGUAUGAGGUUACAGUCAACUGUGACCGAAAACAAUACACUAAACAAGGAGUUUAAAGCAAUAACAGAAUCGAUCGCGAGUGUCAAAACAGUGGAAAGCGACUAUGAUUUUAACAGAAUGCCGGACGGUCUAUUACCGGAAAACAUGUACAAAUCAAUUGAUAUAAAUGUCAUACCAGAUGACAUGUACAGACCACUGCUUUCUUCUGGAAAUGAUUUCAUAAAUGCUGUGUAUAUUCCGACUUACCGAGAAAAUGAAAAGUACAUUAUGACGCAGUUUCCGUUGCAAAAUACUGUAAAUGACUUUGUACGGCUUUUGUGGGACCACAACAUUCGGGAUGUUGUUUUACUUGACGAAGAAAACAACGAGCGUCAUUGCUAUUGGCCCCACAACAAGAAUCCCCUUUGUUUGGGACCAUUUGUCAUCAGUCUUUUAUCCGUAGAUGAUGCAACGCACUGGACUACUCGGAUAAUAGAUAUAUCGCUUGCAGAAAAGCGUCAAAGCAAAAAAACGGUGGUACAUCAGUUCACCGCGUGGCCUGAUGUGAAUCCCUGUGAACAAGACACAUUGGUCAACUUCCUCCAGAAGAUCAGCAGUAUUGCAGGACCUGUUGUUGUGCAAUGCCACGAUGGGUACUCGCGGAGUGGUCUGUUUGCAGCACUUUUGUGCACUGUCGACCGAAUAAAGACCGACAAUGAAGUUGCAAUAGCGGACUCGGUCAGGCUCGUUAAACAACGGCGGAAGGCGGCUGUUACAAACAUGGAGCAGUACACAUUUUGUCAUGAAGUAGUCUUUGAAUACCUUAAGAGAAGAGAAAGACAAACGGAAGAAAAAGAGGAUCAACAAUACGUAAAAAUGACAAAUCCUGCUUUCAAACAAGAGAUUAAUGCACAUAAAAGUGGGACAAAGUGAUUCAAUGUGUUCAAGUAGUUGCAUAACCAUGGUCGUGUUAUUGCAAUCACAAAACUAGUUAUAGAGGACAAAUUUAAAAUUGACUACUCAUGAUCAUAUGUAAACCAAGACACAAAAUACGUGUCUUUCAUGAGUAAGUUAUCCACAGUGUCAUAAUUCAUA